AUGAGUAAUUUGGCGAGCUCUCUGAAAUCUCCUCAGACUGAGUUGGAGGCUGACAAUGACAGGAUGCCAUCUUCUGUUUGGUUUCUGAGCACAGGGGACCAGUCUGCUAAGGGGAACUAUGGCUUGUUGGACCAGAUCCAGGCCCUGCGCUGGCUCAAUGAAAACAUUGGCCACUUCGGAGGGGACCCAGAGAGAAUCACCAUCUUUGGCUCGGGAGCCGGGGCCGCCUGUGUGAACCUCCUCAUCCUCUCCCACCACUCCGAAGGCCUGUUCCAGAGGGCCAUCGCUCAGAGUGGCUCGGCCAUCUCCAGCUGGGCGGUCAACUACCGACCCAUGAUGUACACCAAGAUCCUGGCCAAGAAGGUGGGCUGCACCCUGGGAGACAUGGCUGAGCUGGUGGACUGCCUGAGGAAGAAGAGUUUCCGGGAGCUGGUGGACCAAGACAUCCAGCCGGCCCGCUACCACAUCGCCUUCGGACCCGUGGUGGACGGGGACGUGGUGCCCGAUGACCCUGAGAUCCUCAUGCAGCAGGUCGAGUUCCUGAAUUACAACAUUUAUGAUAUAGUUUAUAGAGAUAUACACAGGUAG